GCAGCCAGCAGCACCAGAUUUGCGUAAAACCCACUUGAUUGCUUCAACUCUCUCUCUCUCCCCCCCUCUUUCCUUCUCUCUCUAUCUCUCUCUAUGACUUGAAUUCUAAGUAUGAUUUAUGCCAGUUUUCUUUAAAUCAUAACAAAUUAUUCUUAAUUUUUUCCACUCUUACAACAUAUGGAGAAAGAGAGAGAGAGAGAGUCAUAGAAACAGACAUAUAUUCUCAACCCCCAUGUCCGGAUUUUUGCUGUGAUCAGCAGCAGCUACCUGCUAGCGGCUGCUAUAUCAUUUUCCAUUUCUCAUUAGCACAAAAAAGAAACGAAAAGAAAUGGGACGCCAUUCGUGUUGUUUGAAGCAGAAGUUAAGGAAAGGUCUGUGGUCACCAGAAGAAGAUGAGAAGCUCUUCAAUUACAUCACCAGGUUUGGUGUUGGUUGCUGGAGUUCAGUCCCAAAGCUUGCUGGUUUGCAGAGGUGUGGAAAGAGUUGCAGGUUGAGAUGGAUAAACUAUUUGAGGCCUGAUUUGAAGAGAGGGAUGUUCUCACAACAAGAAGAGGAUCUCAUUAUCAGUCUCCAUGAAGUUCUUGGCAACAGGUGGGCUCAAAUUGCAGCACAAUUACCAGGCAGAACAGACAAUGAGAUAAAGAACUUCUGGAAUUCAUGCUUGAAGAAGAAGCUAAUGAAGCAAGGAAUUGACCCAACUACCCACAAGCCACUAAGUGAAGAAGAAAUGAAAGAGAAGAAGAGUAUGGAUUGUUCAGAAUUAAAAGAGUGUUUGCCAAUGCCAGAGCAUGAACAAGGGCUUCCAACUAUACCAGCCAUGUCUUCCUCCCAAGGUCCAACAUUUCUUGUCAAUGAUUCAAAUUACUUUGAUGGAGCUGGAGUUUUAACACAAGCCUCAAGAGCCUUUGAUUCUCUCUCUUACUUUGAGUUCCAAACAGGUAUUGAGCCAUCUGGCUACAAUUCAGAUCUUGUUUCCACUCAAUACCACCCUACCAAUGUUAGACCCCAUUUCAAUCAACCCCAUAAUACUACUUAUGAGACAAGCUCAAAUUUUGGGUUCACUUCAAUGCCAAGUUUAGCGAAUUCGGACCACGGGAGCAUGUCAGGGACAGAUUUUUCUGAUAAUUCAGCUUCAAGACUGAGCUCAUUUUUCAUGAAUGAGGUGAAGGAAUGUUCAAGCAAUAGCUCCAAUGUGAGCAGCUAUGCAGCAGGGUUCCAUAUGAACAACAACAGCAACAACAACAACAACAACAACAACAACGUAGUCGAAAAUGCAGCUUUUUCAUGGGACACAGAUAACAAACUAGACUCCAUGUUUCAAUUCCAUGCCAAUGGGAUAAAAUCAGAGGAGCUUAUCAAACCCAAUUCAUGGCAACAAGGGCAGCAGCUUCUUCAUGCUCAAAAUUCUGUAGAUUUCAAUAGCUAUCCGUUAACGUCGCUGUCAGAAGAUCUAACAGGUGCAAAUUUUGAUGUCUUCCAGCAUAUCUGAGAUUGUAAAUUCAAUUUUUAAUUUUUUGGUUUCUUCUUGGGUUUUUAAACAAAUACACAUAGAUGUUGAUAGUAACAGGGGAAUUCCUUCUGAUGCCAAAAAAAAAAAAAAAGGGUUUGGGAUAUUGAGGAUUUUCUUUUUCCACUUUUAUUUUAUUGACCAGGUGUAAUAAAUAUUUUAGUUGAUUUUACCAAGUUGUUAAACUGUAAUUUGCAGCAUAUUCUGUAUUCUGUUCUUUUCAGAAGAAAAAAAAAAGGUUGAAAUAAUAUGAUGGGUGUAAUUAGUUGCUUUUGU